UUUUCAUUUCCUACAUUUUCCUCCUGUCCUUGAGCCAUUGACUAGUGUUUUCAUGCCCAUCAAUUAGUACCAUCAAUCAAUUAUUACGUUUCUCAUUUCAAGUUUUUUUCCAUGGUAUUUCUUACUAUUUAUUGAAUUCAGUUUUCAUAUCCUGCAAUGUCCCCAUUUCCUUCAGCCAUUUGCUUGUGUUUUCAUGUCCAUCAGUCAUUUUGUAUUUAUCCCGAGUUGAUUCACAUGCUUUAUAUUCUUUGACUCCCUUGAUUAUGACUCUGGAUUUUCUCUUCUUCCUCUUGCAUAUCAUUUAAAUUGCUCUCCUUAGGGGAUACAGCUAUGGUUGUGAUUUGAAUCAAGGACAAUUUGUCUCUUUUAAUAUUUUGUGUUCAGAAUGGGACCAAAACAAAUCAGAGUUUACCCUGUCUGUUGUAUUUUAUAGUGUGGUUUGAUCCCAGAAGGCUGGCAUCCCAAGAUGAAAACUUAGGCAGAAUAACUAGUAUUGAAAGGGCUCAGUACCCAGGAUGGAGGUUAGGUAGCAGAGUGCAGAGGCCUACUAGACCCAGUCCUGGACUAGGCUGGCAGCAAGCAGGUGGGGAGGCUGUGCAGAGUUGGUCCCAGCCAGCGUGACAGCUGGAGCUGUGUGAAAGGGAGCCUGAGACCGAGUGGAGGGACAUGGCUCUGAGGGUUAGGGACACUAUCCUGAUCAGAAAAGUUAUAGGUUAAAGAAAAAAAAAAUGCAUCUGUAAAACUAAUUAAGGAAUGGGAAGUGUGUGGCCUGAGUGUUUAAGAGGAACCACCGGGAUGGUGGUGUAGUGGGCGGGUCCAGGGGGACCCACGUAAGUGAUCCUGCCCAGAGUGACAGGAAACUCCACCAUUCCCUGAGGGACCUGGUUUUAGUCACCCAUCAUCAGUGAAUAGGCCAGAACUGGAUCCUGGAGGUCCUAGAACUAUCAAGGUCAGAGGAGCUGUGCAGCUGAGAAGUGGGCAGGAAGGGAACUGCCAUGUUUUCCACGGCUGCUCAUAAGGGUGCUUGUCUUAAAGCCUGAUAUUCUGUCUCCUACCUGAUUGAUGGACCUCUUUGAAUUAUUAUUAGGCUUAUUGCAUUUUUUAUUUCUUGUCAUUUCAGUUUGGUUUUUGUUUAUGUAUGUUUAACCAAUGAAUUCAUUUUUCAUAUCCUACAGUGUCCUCAUUUUCUGCAAUCAUUUCCUUGCCAAUGGAUCAUUUUGUUCCUAUCCUCUUUGAUUCCCAUGCUUUAUAUGCUUUUACCUCCUUGAACAUGUCUCAUCUUUUUGAAUUCUGUAUAUUGUAUAUCGUUUAAAUUGCUCUCCUUAGGGGUUACCGAUAUGGUUUAUGAUUUGAGCCAAAUGCUUUUUAUCCUAGUUUUAAUUUGUGUUGGGAAUGGGACUUUAGCAUCAGAAUUUAGAGUGUUUGUUGUCUUUUGCUGUGCGUUUUUAACCCAGGAGGCUGUUUUCCCAAGAUGAGAAAUUACGCCAGAUAACUUGUAUCUGAAAGGUUGAGAACUCACUGUGGGGGUCAGAUACCAGAUGCAGGGUCCUCCUAGAUCCAGUUCUGGUCCAGGCUGGCAGCAAGCAUGUGGGGAGGCUGUGCAGAGCGGGUCCAGGGCAGCCUGACAGCUGGAGCUGUGUGGAAGGCAGCCUGAGACCGAGUGGGCGGGACGGCACAAUGGGGUAGGGACAGAGCAUGAUGAGAGUGGUUUAAGGGAAAAGAGUCUGUGGGGGGCGCAGGAGGAUUGUUCAAGUAAUUAAGAAAAAGAGAUCGUGGUAGGCAGGUUUAAAGAAAAUGCGUAACCGGAACCGGGGCGUAUUGGGCGGGGCCAGGAGGAGAAGGUCCAUGGAACCAGCCUGAAGCUACAGGAAAUUCCACCAUUUUGUACUGGACUCCGGGAGCCCAGUGGUCAGUACCUGGGUGAGGAACACAGCUGGGUAUUUGGGGACCUGAAAACUCCCCUGGGGCGACCCUAAGCUGUAGUCGCUGUCCAGGGUCGGGACCUGAAAUCUCCCCGGAGCCGCAGUCGCCGCGCGGGGCGGCCUGGGAAAGUCACCAGUCAGCAGCGCAGCGGCGGGAACCGCAGCCCGGCGGCCCUGGAACCUCCCAGGGUUUGUUGACAUUCAGGGCUGUGACUGUGUACUUCUUGUGGGAGGAAUGGGAAUGCUUCGACCUUGCUGAUGGGGCUUUUUGCAGAGAUCUGUUGGAGAAUUACAGCAGUCUGGAUUCUGAGGGUCUCACAUUGCUCCGUCUGUCCUGCCCCCCCUUGAAGCAGAAAAAAGAACCCUGGAUGGUGAAAAGAAAGGAGCCAUUAGCAAAGGAUCUAGCAAGAAUUCCAGAUUUUGGUCAAGAAAUAGAAACUCAGAGAAGAACAACAAGAACAAUGAAUGCUUCUCUGGGAAAUGCUCCCAAGUGUCUGUUAACAUUCAGGGAUGUGACUGUGGAUCUCUCCAAGGAGGAAUGGGAAUGUCUAGAUUGUGCUCAGAGGGCAUUGUACAUGGAUGUAAUGUUGGAGAAUUACAACAAUCUAGUCUUUGUAGGUCAAAAUCAAAGAGUCCAGAAAGAACACAAAAAUACAGAGCUUGAUAAAUCUUUUGACUGUCAACAUAAACUCUCACUGAAAGGAACCAAUAGUGGAAAGAAAGCAUACCAAAGCAGGAAAGGUAGAAACUGUUUCAAGACAGACUCAAGCCUUAAGAGACAUCAUAGAACUCAUACUAGACAGAAACCCUAUAAAUGUACAAAAUGUAGUAAAUCCUUUACACGUUUGUCACAACUCAAACUACAUUGCAAAUUCCAUUGUGGAGAAAAAUCUUACAAAUGUACAGACUGUUCUAAGUUCUUCUACCAGACUUCAGAAUUUAAAAGACAUUUGCAUCAGAAAAUUUGUGCACCUGGUGAAUAUGAUAAAUUCUUUACCCAGAAAAUGAAUCUUAGAACUCAUCAGAGAAAUCAUACCAGACAGAAACCUUAUAAAUGUAUUGAAUGUGAUAAAUCCUUUACCACUACCUCGCAUCUUAGAACUCAUCAGAGAAUGCAUACAGGAGAGAAACCUUACAAAUGCAGGGAAUGUGAUAAGUCCUUUACUCGGAAAGACCGUCUUAGAAGACAUCAGAAAAUUCAUACAGGAGAAAAACCUUAUAAAUGCAAUGAAUGUGACAAAUCCUUUACCCUGAAAAGCAAUCUUAGAACUCAUCAGAGAAUUCAUUCAGAAGAGAAACCUUACAGAUGCAGUGAAUGUGAUGAAUCCUUUACUCGUAAAGACCGUCUUAGAACUCAUCAGAGAAUGCAUACAGGAGAGAAACCUUACAAAUGCAAUGAAUGUGAUAAAUCCUUUAUCAGUUGCACAGAACAUAGAAUACAUCAGAGAAUGCAUACAGGAGUGAAACUUUACAAAUGUAGUGAAUGCGAUAAAUCCUUUACCCAUAGAGGUAAUUUUAAUACUCAUCAGAGAAUUCAUACAGGAGAGAGACCUUACAAAUGUAUUGAAUGUGACAAAUCUUUCAUCCGGAGAAUCCAUCUUACAUAUCAUCAGAGAAUUCAUACAGGAGAGAAACCAUACAAAUGCAGUGAAUGUGGUAAAUCUUUUAACGAGAGAGGCAGUCUUAAUAUUCAUCAGAGAAUGCAUACAGGAGCGAAACCUUACAAAUGUGUUGAAUGUGACAAAUCCUUUACCACUUCCUCACAUCUUAGAACUCAUCAGAGAAUUCAUACAGGAGAGAAGCCCUACAAAUGCAGUCAAUGUGACAAAUCCUUUACAAGUGGCACAGACCACAAAAGACAUGAGAGAAUUCAUACGGGACAAAAACCUUACAAAUGCAGUGAAUGUGAUAAAUCCUUUACACAUAGAAGCAGUCUUAGUAUACAUCAGAGAAUGCAUACAGGAGAGAAACCUUACAAAUGCAGUGAAUGUGACAAAUCCUUUAUCUCAAUAUUCAGUCUUACUACUCAUCAGAAAAUUCAUAGAGGAGACAAACCUUACAAAUGUAGUGAAUGUGACAAAUCCUUUACUCGGAAAGACCAUCUUAGAACUCAUCAGAGAAUGCAUACAGGAGAGAAACCUUACAAAUGCAGGGAAUGUGAUAAAUCCUUUACCCUGAAAAGCUAUUUUAGAAUUCAUCAGAGAAUUCAUACAGGAGAGAAACCUUACAAAUGCAGUGAAUGUGACAAAUCCUUUAUCAGGACAUUUAGUCUUAGUAUUCAUCAGAAAAUUCAUAGAGGAGACAAACCUUACAAAUGUAGUGAAUGUGACAAAUCCUUUACUCGGAAAGACCAUCUUAGAACUCAUCAGAGAAUGCAUACAGGAGAAAAACCUUACAAAUGCAGGGAAUGUGAUAAAUCCUUUACCCAUAUAGGCAGUUUCCAUACUCAUCAGAGAAUUCAUACAGGAGAGAAACCUUACAAGUGUAUUGAAUGUGAAAAAUCCUUUACAACUGCCUCACAUCUUAGAACUCAUCAGAGAAUUCAUACAGGAGAGAAACCUUACAAAUGCAGUGAAUGUGAGAAAUCCUUUGUCAGUUGCACAGAAUGUAGAAGACAUCAGAGAAUUCAUACCGGGGAGAAACCUUACAAAUGCAAUGAAUGUGAUAAGUCCUUUACCACUGCCUCACAUCUUAGACUUCAUCAGAGAAUUCAUGCAGGAAGGAAACCUUAGAAAGGCAGUGAAGGUGACAAAUCCUUUAUGAAAACUACUGUAGAAUUCAUCUUAAAAUUCAUGCAGAAGAUAAACCUUACAAUGCAGCAAAUGUGACAAAUCCUUAUCUAUAAAGGCAAACUUAGAACUCAUCAGAUAAUUCAUACAGGAGAGAAAUUUUCCAAAUGCCAUCAAUGUGAGUUCACCUCAAAAGCUAUCUUAGAACUUAUUAGAGAAAUCUAGUAAGUCACUGAAUGUGACAAAUCCUUUAGCAAGAAAAGGCCAUUUGAGACUUCAGUAGAUAAUCUAUACAAGAGAGAAACCUUAACCAAUGUCAUGAAUGUGACAGAGCCUUCAUCAGUUGCUCAGACCAUAGAAAACAUCAGCAAAUCCAUACAAGUAGAGAAACCCUACAUAUGAAUUAUAUGUGAAAAAUCUUUUACAUGUGCCCCCAUCUCUUAGAAGAAAUUAGAAUGUUCAUACACAAGAGAAACCUUACCAAUGUAUUAAAUGCAAGAAAUCUGCCACAAAAUCAUCCUGAGAAUACACCAAAGUGUUUAUACAGGUGAGAAAGUUUACCAUGACUAUGUGAGAAAAAACCUUUAUUGUCUCAAGUCUGUCAACAUAAAAUUAUGAAAGCUUUCAGUAACAUUCAAAUCUUAGAAUAUAUCCAGAAUUUAUACUGAGGGAAAUUCUAAAGAUGUUAAAGUGUAGGAAAAUUUUCAUUAGAACUUUUUAUACCUAUGCAACCUUAAAUGCUUCAUAAUGAAGAUACAACACAGAAACCUGGAGAAUGUGCUGUUAAGUAACCAUUUCCUGGUGACUGCAGGCAUGUGUGUUGUAUAGGAACUGAGUCAGAAAACCUCAAAAGGUUUUCAAGCGAUCCCUGAAACUGACAGAUUUCAGUAUGCUUAAAUCAAAUGAAGAAAUUCAGAUCCUAGUCCUUGAAAAGGUUUUGACAAAAUGAUCCACCAAGAUAGGAUGCUUUUUAUCUAGUUGAUAUGCCUACAGGUGUGCAGUGUGCUCCCAUUGUUAUAUAUGUAUAUGCUGUAUAACAUGCUGGUUUGGAGCUUCAUGAUAAAAACUGUCUUUGAGUCCCCUCUGCUCCAGUAAGCAACUACUUGACCCUAUUUCUCAAACUAACCCUAAUAAAGCUCUUGGGUUUAACAGGGUUGACUUGGUUCUCUUUUUAGUUCCCUGUUGGGAUAAGUAGCUUCACAGGUAUAGUGCAUUUCCCCAGGAAAAGUGUCUCAUUAAACAUGUGCUUAAGCAACUGUUCCUCCAAACUUGAUGUACAACAGAUAAUAGAUACCAGAAAGCAUUUACAUCACUAAAGCAGGGAAGACUUUUUGCUCACUGCUCCAGGUUUACUACUAUAAUAGUACUUCAUUCAGGUAAAUGUGCUCCACACAGAUAGAAUGUAAAGCCUUGGGGUGUUGUAUUAUAUUUUCUUGGUUCUGACAAAUAAAAGCUUGCCUGGAGAUCAAAUGGUGGAGCUAGCCACUAGUUACCCAUAAGAGCAUGGUAGUGGAGGCUCAUGCCUUUAAUCCCAGCACUAGGGAGGUAGAGACUGGAAUAUAAGGCGGGUGGAGACCGGAUCCCCACACACACACACACUCACCUCUAAUAUGUGAAAGUGAUUGUAACUGCCUUGAUUCUCUGAUUUAUUUUUAAGCUUUCAUCCUAAUAUCUGUCUCUGGGUUUUUAUUGUUUUAUGUGCCUGUCCUACUACAUACCCACCAUUUUAUUUUAUCAUGUGGAUGCUCAGUGGGAGUCAGAGUAGUAUGCUCUGAACUUGUUUGCCCCACCUCAGGGGUCUCAGCAAUUGGACUAUACCUGUCUUAGGUUGGCUUGCCAAAGGGUUCUUAACCUGACUAUCAGCCCUUGAAGAUCAUUCAUCCCUGGGGAGUCACCCUGGGUGUGGAGGGACAGGCAAUGGCCUGUGAAUUUCAGAAAGCCAGGCAUGCAUAACAUCCUGUGGAGAGCUAUGAGUCAGAUAUCUAAGAGCCAUUAACACCUGUAGAGUCACCUUAGUGGCCACCCUUUGUUGCCAGAUGUCCUGUAAGAGACACUUAAAAGGAGGAAGUUUAAAAGUACCACCCCACCAAUCAAAAUGUAAGUUAAAAUUCAGAAGGGAUCAACCAGGCUUUUUACAUCAUGCUAAACAUUUUCAAAAAAUAAAGAGUCAAAGACCAUAAUCUCUGUUCUUGUCUAAUGUGAUUGGAAAGUUUUGUGUUUUAGCUGUCUACAUUGACUGGGAAGGCAGCUAUGGGCCAAUGGACUGUCAGUGGAGCAGGCUGUGAGGGUUAUAAGUUUUCCUUUAAAGAUGUUUUUCAUCCUCAUUUGCUCUUUUGUAUAAAAGUAAGGCUAGCUUUUUGUGAUGAUGGUCUAGCAUUAAUUUUCUUUCAGUUUUCAGCUAUAUUUUUCUGUGGGGCAUUAGUAUAGGAAUUUGUAAAGGAAUUAGAGAAAGGGGGGACCCACUCACAGUGGGGAAUCCAUCUGGGACCCUGGAUUAUUCACAAUCCAUACCAAAACAACUCUUCACAGAGAGAUCUUUUAUUAAGCAGGAAAGAAACGUUAAAAUGACUGCUUUCUGACUCAGCAGGAAAACAAGAGCAAAUGACCUUGCAGGUGGAAUUCUUAAGAAGGAAAGAAGGGGAACUAUGUGUUAGAAUGGGCUAGCAUGCAGGGGUAAAGGAGAUAAAGGAGAAGGGGAAAGGGACAAGGGAAAGGGAAGAGGGAUAUUUGUCCUGGAGGGACAGAACACUGCCGCUGGAUACAGGGAUUAGAGAUCUGGCACAAAAGCAAAUGACAGUUUAUAAAGGUAAAGGGGAAAACCCCCAUGUUGGGAUGAGGCGAUUAAGCAAGGCAGAGGGAAUGGGAGAGAAGGGCAAGACUUUCCAGAACCACAUGUUCCAGUGGGCUAGUGGCCUUUCAAAGAAUUCAGUGCUGAAUCUGUCCAGUCCUGAGGCACUGUUAAAGGAAAUUCUGACUGCAUCGGUUUCAUUACUUCCAUAUUGUUUGGCCUAGUUUUAUGACAUAGGAGUUUGAAUUGUUCACUUGUUUCUAGGAAAUCAUCUUUUUCUUCUUGAAUUCUCAUUAAUAGUGUAUCAAUUUCCACAGUACUCCAUAAGGUAACAUUAAUGUCAUUGACAUAUAUUGUAGUAUCGCUUUUUCAGAUCUAAUAAUAUUACUUUUUGAGAUUCAGUCUCUUAUUUGAAUUGGUGAAGAAGAGUUUGUCACUAUCUGUGUCUCUUUACUGCAAGAAGUCUGUACAUUGACUCUGUCUAUCCUUUGAGUCUCUAUAUCAUUAAUUUCUACCCUGGGUACUGACUCUCCAAACCUCCAGAUGUGAUAGAGAAGGGCCAAUUUCUCCCUUUCUAAAUCCUUUGAGUCUCUAUAUCAUUAAUUUCUACCCUGGGCACUGACUCUCCAAAACUUCCAGAGUAAUCAAUCAGAUGUGAUAGAGAAGGGACAAUUUCUUCCUUUCUAAAUGGGUUCGAUGGCCCAACAGGAUUCAGCAUUUGGUCAGGAAAUAAGUUGAAUUGAGGGUUGUGAAUUGAUUCCCCCUUAAGUCACAUGUUGAUCCUGUGAAUUCCACUGAUUGUCUCAUGGAACCACCUUCAGAACGACACAUCCUGAUUCUAUUGCUACUCAUAAUUUCCUUCUUUUGUUAGUUUUAAAACAAUGAAUUCUCAAUCCUUGUGUCCUUUGAUGUCUGCUGCAUAGGGUCGGUGAAAAAUGAAUUAUGUCUGUUUCCUUCAUCAAAGUUGAUAAUUUUCAACUAUUGCCUCAUAUUUGUAGAUGUAAGCACUACAAGCUGGUUUUCUGUUUAUUGUCUUAAUAUUCUUGAUGACAUUGUUACUAUCCUUCAUUUAGUUCUCAUUCAUCUCAUUUAGCUCAUUGAGUACCUGGAACUCACUCUGUAGCCCAGGCUGGCCUCGAACUCACAGAGAUCUGCCUGGCUCUGCCUCCUGAGUGCUGGGAUUAAAGGUGUGUGCCACCACCACCCACCUCUUUUGAAUUCUUAGUGUGGUAAAUACCCAUCAUUGAUUUGAGAGAUUUUAGUAUUUUAUUUAUCUAGGUCCUUUGAACAGUUUUUUGACUACUGUUUAAUUUGAUCAUAAGAAAUUUGGAGCUGUGUGUUAUUUCUAUAUGAUGGAAAAAGGUUAGAACAGUUCCCCCAAAUCAUGAGAGGUAAACAUAGCCUCAGUUCACACAAUGACCAGGAUGAUCAGGUAGAAUGAUGGUAGUAUUAAAUGACAUCUUCUCUCCCAUUGUGACUCUAAAGUACUUGAGCAGUAGCAAGGAAAGAAACCAUCCAAGCAUCAAGAUUAAAUAUCAAUUAAAACCAUUAAAUAUCAAGAAAAGUAUUUCAUAUUAGAUUAAAUGUAAUGUCAGUGUAACAAAGUGCUAUGUAUAUACUUACGCCAUAGUCAUGAAUACAUGUAGUAAUAGUAUUGCAACAUUCACAAUGAGUCCUUAAUUUUGAUAUAUGCAUUAACAUGUAUGUAUGUGUUUAUAUUCACAUAUGUGUAUUUAUAUGUAUCUAUGCCAGGAGACCCAUGUCACGCAUUCUUACUUACAUAUGGAACUACAAAGUUGAUUGCCAGAGAGGAAAUCUAUAACAACCAGGAGGUGAAGGGCAUCACUGUAGUCAUAUAUAUUACUAAUUGGGAACCUGAAAACUGCCUGGAAAAAUACCAAGACACAGCUCUAUCCAUGUUUAGGAAGAUAGGUGAUAGGAUUCUGAAGGAUCUGGCAUAAUCAGUGAUUAAUUCCAAGGGCAUACCCUGAGAAUGAAGUCUCUUCUCUCCAGCAGCCAUCAUGUAGUUUCUGCCAUGCAUUCUCCUUGAUGAUUAUGUCUGAACAUUGUCUGAGACAAUGGUUCUCAACCUGUGGGUAGAGACCCUUGGAGGUUCAAACUACCCUUAAUCAGGAGUCACCUAAGACUAUUGGAAAACACAUUUCUGAUGAUCUUAGGAACUGAGGGACUGCUCCUCUAUCCAUCUCCAGGCAGGUCUGCUCACAUGCAGAUACAUCCACAUAUGAGUACACAGAACUGUUUUAAAGGCUCACAGCUUUAGGAAAGUUGAAAAACACUUAAUUUUAACAUUUAGCAUACAGACAUCCCAUUUAAAGACAUACGGCUUAAAUUAUAAUAUUCUACCUAUAAGUGCAUUCACGUGGAUUUCAAGGGAUCAGUAUUCUCACACAAAAGUGUGCAUGCAACUUAGAAAACAGGUCCACAUUGAAAGGAGGAGUAAAUUGGAAAGAUACAUUUUACCCAAGUGAACCAUGUAAAGCCUUCUUAGAUGAUGGUAAGAAUGACUCUAACUAGUUUGUCAUCUAAACUGGAUGACAAAUUUAUUAUCAUUUUGAGAAAAAAACCAUAAUAUUUGGCAGAUAGACAUGUAGUCCUCCAAGACAGUAUGACACACAUGGUAAAUACAUGUACUGUGUCUACCAGCUAAAAUGAAAUGAAAUGUGGUUUCCAGAUAGAGGAAUUCUGGGAGAAAUCAGUGGCACACAGAAUUCACCAGCGAGUCAUGGAGGAAUCAGGAACACAAUAUGGAGGAGAGGUAAUGAACCAAAUGGCAGAAUGUAGACUAAUACAAAUAGAUUAAUAAAGUGAUUUUUUUAUUGUUCUAUUAUUUAAUAAAACUCAAGUGUCAGAUAUUGGGAUAAAAGAUUGAUGAUAGAUCUACAGAGUAAUGGAGAAACUUGCCUCUCCAUGCUUCCCAUAUGGAAAAGGCCAUGAACCUUUCCAAGCCCCCUCUAUUCCUUCCUGUGUCUCUCUAUCCUAAUCUGAGUCCAACAAAACCUCUAUGGUUAAUUCUGGUCAGCGCAUUGCUAAGUCCACACCCUGAUUGAUUCAAGGUCAACUUUAUUGGCAGUCUUGGGAGUUUCACACGGUGUAAUCAAAAUGUCCCAAACAGGUUAAUUUAAAUUAUUUGAGCUAGUUAGGAACAUGCCCAUGCUACCUAAUCAAUAAAUCUUUUAAGUAUAAUUGGAUUGAAAGUGUCUUUUCUCUGGGAUCACAAACUCCAUAACACUAGGUAUUUUCUACUAACCUACAACUGCUGUAUAGCAAUGUGCAAUGGUGAAAAAUUUUGGAGCCCCUCAAACCUUUUGUCAGAAAGUGACUGAUUUGGGAAUGUGACUGUGUUUAUAUUGGAGAUAAUUUUCUGUUUAUUUUGAGAAAAUAACAUCUUCCCCUGCCUUCUUCUAUCAGUAUGGAAGCCAUUCUUUUCCUGAGCUGUGAGCUUGUGAGGCUAUCAUUUAAAACUUCACUCUUACCUCAUGAUACUAUAUAAAGAACACAGUGCCAAGUUCCUCAUUCAUGCUUUUGGGACUCUUCUUCCUCUAAACCUUCUUUCAUGAGGGUAACUAUUAUCACCUGCCUUUCAUUAAACAACUGCUGUCAAUCUUGCAAUACCCAGUGUGCUCUCUAUUCUUAACUCCAUUGAAAGCUCUUGUUCCUAUCCCAAGCUCCUUUGUAUAGAUAGUUGGAACAUCAUUUGCUUAUAUCAAGCGGCCUUUUGUGUUUUAUAUAUAAUAUAUAUGGCCCACUGUGAGUAAAGCCUAAGUAUUUAUUACAUUUUAUUUGCUACCAUUCAUUCUUUGUGUACUUUUCGGACCCACACAGCUUUGUAUUCCAUGAAAUCCCCUUGUCAUUUUUCUUGGUUAUUUUCUGUGUUCCUGGAAUCUCUUUCAGAUUGUGUUUGCUUAUUUCUAAAUAAUGAAGUAUUUAAUCAUGCUUUCCUCUAGCACUUUGGAAUUUCAAGUUUUCUGGGCAGUUCCUUGUUCUAGUUAGUGUUUUCUUUUUUGUAGGGUGAGAGAGAUGGACCUAAUAUCACUUGUCUACACAUGGAUAAUCAUUUUGCCCAGCACUGAAUGUUCAGUGCGCUCUCUCUCUCUUCCUGGGUUGGUUUUUGAUGUAUUUGGCUUACUUUGCUGUGGAAUGUUCUGUAUGUCAAAUGUGUUGCUCUGAUUGGUCAAUAAGUAAAACACUGAUUGGCCAUUAGCUAGGCAGGAAGUAUAGGCGGGACAAGAGAGCAGAAUAAAGCUGGGAAGUGGAAGGCUGAGUGAGAGAGACACUGCCAGCCACCAUGAUGACAAACAGCAUGUGAAGAUGCCGGUAAGCCACGAGCCAUGUGGCAGGGUAUAGAUUUAUAGAAAUGGAUUAAUUUAAGCUUUAAGAACAGUUAGCAAGAAGCCUGCCAUGGCCAUACAGUUUGUAACCAAUAUAAGUCUCUGUGUUUACAUGGUCGGGUCUGAGCAGCUGUGGGACUGGCAGGUGAGAGAGAUUUGUCCUGACUGUGGGCCAGACAGGAAAACUUUAGCUACAAAUGGCGCCCAACAUGGGGGCAAGAGUUUCCACCUAAAAACUGAGAAAAAAGAUUCUAAAACGGAGCUAAAAACAGCUUCCUAAUUGUCUUUCUCAAAUGAGCGGCAGCUGCCGGUUUGAGCUACUGGCGGGUUCCUAGCAUGUGCACUCGAUCUGCAGUAUGGCAGGAAUGAGGCCUCUGCAAGUGGCACAUUAAGCUGCGUGGUGGAUUUAGCCUUUGCUAAUACAAAACAAAAAAAGAAGUUUCUGGGUUACACGCUGCUUGGAUAAAAGCAUAGACCCAGGAUAGCUCCCAGAGCUGGUGGUAAGCAUAACCAUGUUGGGAAGCUGAGGUGGGCGGAGCCAGCAGCCACAGCUGCUGCAGUUUAAAGCAAUAGAUUCACAAUAAGACAGAUUCAGAUGGAAUAGUUUACAAUGUGUGUAAAAGAUACGUAGGCUUGAAAGAGAAAGUAAAAGGUGAUAUAUACAGUUAUAUAAACAAAUACAUAGUUUUAAAAAAUAAAGUCUUUAAAGAGACAGUAAAAUUAAUAUAAAAAAAUAAGCCACGUGAAGAUGAAUAUUACACAGAGAAUCUGGAUUGUGUUGUCUUUGGGAUUUUUAACUGCAGAAAAACAUUUGAUCGUAAAAGAUGUUGAGUUAUGCCAAAAUGUAUAUUUUAAAGGUACCUUGACUUCAAAAUUUGGAUAUAAGGAUAUGUUGCUUUGGAAAAAAGUCUCUGUUUUUGUUCCUACAGAAAGCCAAAGGCUAUGGAUUUGUUCCAGAUUAAGAUACAUCAGGUUUGACCAGCCAAGACCCCCUGAAAGGUCUCCGAUGACACCAAGGCCCAGAUGAUCCAACAUCCAGAAUGCUUUGAAGGCAACUGGCUCAGACGAUACACCUUCAUGGACUAUUCCAUAAUCCUAAAAUUUUCUUUGUGUCCCCGUAAGAUACAGUGCCCCCCUCCAGCAGGAAGUAGUAAGAGAAGCUACGCCCAAAUUCCCAAAUUAUAUGUAAUUUUUACUUUGUUAAGGUUAAAACUUUCCUUUUUGAAAAAAAAAGAAAAGGGGAAGUGCGGUGGGAUGUUCUGUAUGUCAAAUGUGUUGCUCUGAUUAUUCAAUAAAUAAAACACUGAUUGGCCAUUGGCUGGAAGUAUAGGCGGGACAAGAGAGGAGAAUAAAGCUGGGAAGUGGAAGGCUGAGUCAGAGAGAAACUACCAGCCACCAUGAUGACAAACAGCAUGUGAAGAUGCCAGUAAGCCACAAGCCAUGUGGCAGGGUAUAGAUUAAUGGAAAUGGAUUAAUUUAAGCUGUAAGAACAGUUAGCAAGAAGCCUGCCACAGCCAUACAGUUUGUAACCAAUAUAAGUCUCUGUGUUUACGUGGUCGGGUCUGAGCAGUUGUGGGACUGGCAGGUGAGAGAAAUUUGUCCUGACUGUGGGCCAGGCAGGAAAACUUAAGCUACAUUACUUUGUGUUUUUUUCUGGGAUCUCUGUUCUGUUCAAUAUUCUAUGUGUUUUUUUUAAUAUGUAGGACCAUAUUCCCUUUGUCCUUGUGCCUCUGUUAUCAUGACAUAUGUUCAUAUCUUGUGUGAUGCCCCCAGCAAUAAGAUUUUUAAGGAUAAUUUCGAUAUUUGUGAUUUUCUUGUUUCCAUACAACUGUUUCUAUAUCUACUUUUGUGGAAAAUAUCAGUAAUUGCUUAUCAGAUUGCAUUAGUUCUGCUGAUUGCUCUUAAUAAUAUAACUAUGUGCAGGAUAGUUUUAUGUCAACUUGACACAACUUAUCAGAGGGGAGAGAACCUCAAUUUAGAAAAUGCCUUCAGAAGAUGUGAUAUAAUUCUUAAUUAGGGGUUGAUGAGAGAAGACCCAUCCCAUUGGGGGGGGAGGUGGAUUAGUGGUCCUUGCUUGUAUAAGAAAGCAAGCUAAGCAAGCUAGGGGAAGUAAGCCAGUAAGAAAAAUGACAAAGGGAUUUCAUGGAAUACAAAGCUGUGUGGGUCAGAAAAGUACACAAAGAAUGAAUGGUAGCAAAUAAAAUGUAAUAAAUACUUAGGCUUUACUCACAGUGGGAUAUAUAUAUAAUAUAUAUAUAUAUAUAUAUAUAUAUAUAUAUAUAUUAUAUAUAUAUCACAAAAGGCUGCUUGAUAUAAGCAAAUAUAUCAUCUACAUGGCUUCUGCAUCAGCCCUUGACUCUAGGUCUGGCUUGUUUAUGUUCCUGUCCUGAAUUCCCUCAAUGAUAAACAGUAACACUGAAAUGUGAACCAAAUAAACUCUACCCUACCUGACUUGCUCUUUGGUCAUGAUGUUUCAUUGCAACAAUAGAAACUCUAUCUAAGACAAACCACAUACACCAUUUCAUUCAUUAGUCAGUUUGCAUGGAAGGUCAUUUCUUUGUGCACCAUUACUUUACAUUUUUCUCUUAAGUGCCUUGAAAUUUUCUUCAUAGAAGUGAAUUCAACAUUUCUUUGUGUUUUUCCUAGAUUUUUCAGAAACAACCUGAAUGGCUUAAGUUUCUAAAUUACUUUUCACAUUUUCAUUAUUAAUAAAUACAAUAGUCAGGGGCUAGAGAGAUGGCUCAGAGGUUAAGAGCACUAGCUGUUCUUCCAGAGGUCCUGAGUUCAAUUCCCAGCAACCACAUGGUGGCUCACAACCAUCUGUAAUGAGACCUGGUGCCCUCUUCUGGCCUGAAGGGAUACAUGCAAGCAGAACACUGUAUACAAAAUAAAUAAAUAAAUAAAAAUAGAAUAGUCUUUUUUGUUAGUUUUGUGCUUUUCAAUAACAUGUGAUGCACUUAGCAAAUUUAACAUUUUCCUGUGGUGACUCUGGAAAGUUUUUUGCCUGAUCACAUCAUCAUUAAAAAGGAAUUUAGUGCCUUUCUUA